UUCCUUUCUUUUUUUGUCUGAAUUUAGUGCUAGUUGGACAGCCCUGAAGAAUGAAAUCCUUUCUUUAUUCAUAGCAGCACUGCAAGCUUCCUUCUCCCUCUUCUCCUGCCAAGUGCUUCACUGCUGACCCGGAGGGUGAGAGGGCAGCUGAGUCUCCAUAGCCUGGUGAUGGUUAUUGUUUGUCUGUGUUAUAAUAGAGACCCCAACUGAGAUGAGUGUCCCGUUGUGCUAGGUGCUGUACAAAUACAAGGUGAGAGGCCACGCUGACAAUCUAAAGAGGCAAGACAGACACAUGGGGGUGGAGGAAGAGACAGAGGCCCAGAGAUAUGCAGUGGCUUUGACAAGGUCACACAGCAGCUCUGCGGACAGAGUGACGGUGCAUUUUAUAAACCGGGAUGGAGAGAGACUCACGGCCACAGCCAAAGAAGGGGAGAGUUUGCUGGAAGUGGUGGUUAAUCAAAACCUGGGCAUCGACGGCUUUGGUGCCUGUGAAGGGACAUUGGCCUGCUCCACGUGUCACCUCAUCUUUGAGGAGGACGUCUUUCAAAAGUUGGAUGCCAUUACAGACGAGGAGCUGGACAUGCUGGAUUUGGCCUAUGGACUCACUGAUACAUCACGCCUAGGCUGCCAGGUGUGUGUGAAGAAGGCGAUGGAUGGUUUGACUGUCCAGGUCCCAGUGGAGGUUGCUGACAUGAGGAGAGAGCUGGAAGUGGGAAAGCAAAGCAAAUAAUGUACAAAUAAUAUUAGUAACCAGCAUUGGCACCUGCACAAAACCUUCCCUUUGAUUUAGGCGUUUUUUUUAAGUAUGUUAUAUUUUAUUGUUUCCAUUGAGCCUUGUGACCAGUUUGCAUUAGGUCACAUAGGCCCUGAUUCAGGAUCCAUCCCUAUUCAGCAAAACUCUUCCUUACACAUGUGCUAAACUUGAAGGACUUAAGCACAUGCUUAGAGUUAAGAACAUGCUUAAGUCUGCUGAUGUUCAACAAAGCACUUCAGUGUUUUGCUUAAAUGCUCUGCUGAAUUGGGGCCAUAGCAAACACAGGUGAUUCUCUCCCUUCCUUGAAGUUAAGGACGUGCCAUUCACAGUAACUGUUGGGAAUUUUGCUGGAUCUGGCUACUUAACUGUAGAGAGACUUCCCUUUUUGACAUAGUUGGGGGGACGCUAGAAUCAUAAUUGCAUGCAUCAGCUUGAUUAAAUAGGCUAAGUUAGUUUGAUAAAUAGCAAUGGAUUGAUAACAGGAUUCUGCUAUUUUACACAGAAAUGGAAUUCUUUUUCCAUAAAUAUGAACGUUUUGUGCCAAUGUGCACCAACUGUGCUAAUUUCUCCAAAUAUUUGCUCCUUUCCCCACUAUUGUAUCCCAUUCCAGCUCAAAAAUAAAAGGCUAAUCACUGGGUUUCUAGACCAAUUAACUUUUUGUUUUCCUGAUGUGGUUGAUAGUACAAUGAAUGAAAUGGAGAUUUGAGGCAUGAACAUGCAGUUGCUGUUUUAAAAGAUGUAUUUUACCUCCUGGAUUCUUUCUUGAUGGGCAUGUCUAAGCUGCAGUCAGAGGUGUGACUGCAGCCUGUGUCGUCGUAUCCAAGAUCGCUUUGAUCUGUCUCAAAUGACAAUAGCAGUGAAGCCCCAGCAGCAUAAGCUGUAUAACCCAACCUGCUCACUUCACUCUCCCUUAGACUUGAAAGGCCAAGCUGCAGCCUUUUUAAUGCACUAGCACAAGUCUGUAGACCUGGGCUGAGAGGCUCACUCCCAGAGCCAGUGUAGACAUGCCCUAGGUAUGUACUCAAGCAGCUAGCCCGCUGCUUCGGCUUCACUGAUCUUUGUAUUCCAGCUAGCUAGACCAAAGCUAGCUCUGGCAUGUAGACACAUGCUGUAGUCACCUCUCUGACUACAGUGUAGACGUACCCUAUAUGUUUGAGUGAAAUUUCUAAACUUGCCACUGAAGCCACAUGGACAUUUGAAGUCUGUAUUCAGGUUUUCCAUUCAGAAAUCUUUCUCUCAGAAGUAAGGAUUUGGUUGCAAAUUCACAAUGCAUUUAUCAGGCAAUCAAAAAACAAUGCCCUAAUGGGAAACUGUCUAUCAGCUUGCACUAUGUUUUAGCAAUAAAAGGGAAUACUUUUUCACACAAUGCAUUAUUAGACAGUGGAAUUAAUUGCCACAAGAUAUCAUUGAGGCCAAGAAUUUAGCAAGAUUUAAAGAGUGGCUGGACAUUUAUAUGAAUAACAAGAAUGUCCAGAGUUAUAAUAGCUGAUGCUAACAAAAGAGUACUGCAAGGGAGAUAAAAUGUCAUGUUUCAGGGUUACUUUAAGCUAAUCUUUUAGAGAUUAGGAUGAGUCCUUCAGGGGCAGAUUUUUCCACAUCUGCUUACUGUGGGGUUUCUUGCAUCUUCCUUCAAAUUGUUUGGUGCCUGACAUCUGCCAUAAAUCUGCUUCUUCACGUGCAAUCCAAUCCCAUGUGGCUGAUUUCAACCACCUAGCCUGUUUUGGCUGGGAUAAGCAUGCAGAUUGCUAGAUGCUGAUGUGAACCAUUUUAAACUGGGAAGCAUGUGAAAACAGGCUCUUUGGUGAGAUUUCCAGUGCCUCCUGCUCCUGAAUUAGCUGGCAGUAAAAUGAAAAAAGCCUUUCUCACAGUGAUUUGGCACAGCCCAGGCUGGAAACCAGCAGCACUUACAUGAGAAAAUGGAACAAAAAAGUUAGCCAAACUCUUUCAAAUAGCAAAGAUUCUAGACAGGUCUUAUUGUAGUUGACCUGAUGUUGCCAACCGUACUGUCAAUGGUAAAUAACCCAGUGUCAUUGUCACCUGCAUCUCCUGGCAUUUUUGUUUUUAUGCUCCCUCUGUUAUUUCUAUACAGAUUCCAUUGUUCUUAGAAAUAUGCUCUGCCCUGCAUUGCCUGGGUGGCCUGCAGGGUGUUUUGAGCUGCUGCUUUGAUACUGAGAAGGUGAUACACAAAGAGGUAAAAAUACUGCACCGGGCUGUAGCAUGAAUGUGUAUGGGUAAUAACAGCACAACACACUUCACCAGAAUGACUAUCAUGCUCAUGAUGUCUUUAGACUCUGAAGCAAGUUAAACCCCACUUAUAAUAGAAGGGUUCCAUCCAGCUUGCUGAAUGCCCCUUGCCUCACAAUAUACUCCCCAGUGCGGUAGGGAAGAGUUAUCAUCCCUAUUGUACAGAAGCAGAACCUGAAGCACACAGAAGGGUUUUUGUUUUGUUUUUCUUUUUAAAGACACAUUUUUCUGGCUUGGGCCAGGUUUUCAGCAGUGACUAGUCCAUUUUGGGUUUCUGAGUACCCAACUAGAGACCUGCUAAAGGGCCCUCAUUUUCAGAGAAUGGGUGCUCAGCACUCUCUGAAAAUCGGGUUGGGCACCCAAAACCACUAAUCCUUUGCUUAGGCCCUAGGGUUAGGCACCUAAAUAGAAGCAGACUGAUUUUCAAAGCUGCUGGGGCUUCUGGUGAUGUCUCAAGAAUGAGGCAAGGGUAGUUAGUGCCGCCUCAUUACGCGUCUCCUGGGCCUAGUGCCUAAUGUGGUCACCACGGUCUAGAUGGGAUUAUAACCCUGUCAUUCACAGUCUGCUUGGUUUUGAAAAGCUCCACCCUGGAUAGUCCCCAAAAGCAAGCUAGUAAAAGGGAAUGGCUGCUACUGAGCUAACAAUCCAAAAGCGAGCUGCUCCGAGGAACCACUCAGAGCAGAGCGGGAAUGACCUGGUGGCUGAAAGCAGCUAGGCUUUGUUCUAGCAGCUGUCUUGGGCCUGUGCAGAAUGGGGGCCUACUGAGAAGCAAGAGACUGGCCCCUCCCUCUGCACUUGGUUCUUCCCAUAUUUGCCUGAAGAAACCACACCUUUGGAUUGUGUCACCACUCUUGAGGAGCUGGGGAGUGAUAGCAGCAACAGCAGAGACUGCUGGGGUCCAGUUCCUUAUUCCCCAACAUGCAUUAACCAGAGACAUGUUCAGGUACUUGCAUGUUAUGGGCCCAUUUUUUUCAGCUUCUGCACUAUGUUCUUUAGCUUCAGUGGAUUCUUUUGGUUGUUGGCACGAAUGCACUACUAAUAAAGGUUUAAUAAUAACAAAAGUCUUUCCUUCCCUCACAAAACACUCCUCAGAAAAAUGACUCCACAUAUCUUCCAUAUCACCAAAGAUAAGUAGGUUCUUCAGCAACCCAAACCAUCAUGAAAAGUCAAGCAGCAUGACACACCACACAUAUACACCCCUAACCUGAGCCCAGUAGAUAUAAUUCAUUUGCAGGGGUCUCUGAAAGUGAGUUGGUACAUCAAUGCUAUUGUAUGGUGUGCUACAGUAAAUGCAGUAGGGUGAGUUAAGGAGGGAAUUUCUGCUUGUCGGUUGAAUUGUCUUGCGUUUAUCAUGCAUUUUAUGUCAGACCCUUAGUGUAAUGGGAAUAAGAUGAUUAUCAUUCUAGAACCCUGGUGACUAAGGGUAUGUCUACACUAUGAAAUUAGGUCAAUUUUAUAGAAGUCGAUUUUUAGAAAUUGAUUUUAUACAGUCGAUUGCAUAUCCACACUAAGCGCAUUAAGUCGGCAGAGUGCGUCCU